AUGAACACGCCGAUCCCGGUCUCUCGGCGCGCCAACCUACGGAGGCUGUCUGAGGAAUUCGCGAUCGUAGUCCAAGAGGCGUUCCACGGCGAGUCCGAGCUCAAGGCACCCGCCUCCGUCUCGCUCGAGGCCGAGGCAGCCACUGCGGCCGCGGCGGGCCUCGAGGCGGACCUCGUCCUCAUUCACCCGAGCGGCACGAGCGGGACCCUCGCUGCCGGUCUCGAUGAACUCAUCCAGUCCCUCAAGCGGAUCGGUCUCCAGCCCGUCGCCGCAAAGGGCACCGGCUCGCGGCUCCUGCUCAUGAUCACGGCUCCGCUAGAGAGGCUUGAGCGCGAGGCGGAGCGGCUCGAGAUGGACAUGCUGCUGCUCGACGAGGCCAAGUCGGAGACGGACCACCAGCGCGGCCAGCCCGCCUAUCGCGGCUUCACGCGACGGCGGCGCGAGCAGUUCGCCCUCAAGCAAGGCCGCCUCUUCUCCUCGCUCGAGCGGCAGCGACUCAUCUUUUCGAUGGUGGAGGCGACGGCCGAUCGCGUCCUCACCGCCUACCUCCCUCUCCACGACGCCAAGGAGCGCCGCAGCCUCCACCGCGGCUUCGCCCUGCAGAGCAUCCGCAUCUGGCCCUGGCGCGGCGGCGUCCUGCGCACCCGCCGCCGCCUGUUUCCGGACCUCGGCCUCUGCCAGAUGCCGCUGCACCGCGUGCGCGACUACUACGGCGAGAAAAUCGCCUUCUACUUCGGCUGGCUCGACCACUACACCGGCUGGCUGUGGCUGCUGAUGUGGGGGUCCCUCGCGCUCGAGGGCAUCUACCUCUUCGACGGGUGCGACUUCCUCGGCUCGGCGGCGCUCUCGCCGCCCGAGCCCGCCCUCUGCCCGGGCGACGAGGAGCGCACCCCUAGUAGUAGCACCGUCACACAUUCGCUCUGGGUGGUGGUGGCGGCGCUCCAAGAGUGGCGCUCUUGGAAAGAGGACCGCACCUCCUUCCUCGCGGAGACGUGCACGACCAAAUCCGCCUUCACUCUCCCCCUCUCCUCCGUCGUCAUCGCGCUGCACGCUGUGGGCUCGCAGGCACAGCACACGCUCGCCUUCCAGCAGCACACGCUCGCCUUCCAGUGGGACGUGCUCAACUUUGAGCGCGACGAGGCGCCGCGGCCGCGCUUCGUCCAGGCCAUCCAGCCAGCCUUCCACCGCAUGAAGUCCAUCACCAAGCAGCGGGGCUUCUACAUGGCCGGGAGCGGCACGUCGCGCGUCCGCCGCUUCGUGCCGCACCCCGCCGGCGAGGAGAUGCUCGUCCUCUCGCCGCCCAUGAAGUGUCCAGGAAGUGUCCAGGAAGUGUCUUUAGGCGACGAGAUGCUCGUCCUCUCGCCGUGGCGGCGGCUCUGCGUCUUCUUCUGCGUCGGCGCGCCGGUGCUGCUGCUCGUCGCCGCCACCACCGUCGCGGUGAUGCUCUCCAUUUUCUCGUUCCGCGCGCUGCUCCGGCUGGGGACACAGUUCGAAGGCGAGCCGACGCCCACAUGCGUUGCGAGCAGCAUUGCCGCCCGGGCAACUCCCGUACCCGUUGCCUGCAACACCUACCUCAACUCGCAAUGGGGUCCCUUCAUCGGCGCGGCGCUCAACACCGUGUGGAUCUCGGUGAUGAACGCGCUGUACAAGCGGCUCGCAGCCUGUCUGAACGGCCUCGAGUACCACAGGACAGACACCGAGUACGAGGACGCGCUCAUCCGAAAGUCCUUCCUCUUCCAGUGCAUCAACUCUUACGGCCCGCUCGUCUACGUCGCGUUCGCGAAGCCGAACUCGCUGACGCUCUUUGGCGGGUGGGGGUACACCGACCCGUACGGCGAACCGUACGCGGACACCUGUGGCGCCCGAGGCAGGGACUGGUGGGCCUCGAUGAGCGCCGGAUCGCGCUGCAGCGCCGGCGGGGACGGCGGGGGCGAGGACUUCAUCUUUGUGCGCGACGACUGCUGGUCCGAGCUCCGCGUGACAAUGCUAUGCUUCAUGAUCUUGAAGCCGCUGUACGAGCUGCCGCUGCAAGAAAUGGAGUUCCGCUACGCGAUCGAGCGGCAGGCAAGGGGCUCCGUGCACAAACUGCAGGCCGCGCUGGACAUCUCAUACUACUUUGUGAUCGGCGACUCAUCUGUGACCUAA